AUGGGUACCAAGGGUGUUGAAAUGGCCAUUUGGAAUGACAUCACUAGACUUGAGAAGAAACGCGAACGAUUAGAGAUUCCAUCCCCGACAAAAUUUGAGGCUUUUGACUACGAAAAACAAGACAUCCGGAAAGCUAGAAGAUUCCAAGGAACAAGACGAAGAAAUGCGGGUAUACUUAUAAUUCUUUUACUUUUCAACUUAUGUCUUCAUUUUGCAUCGCACGAAAAGGUGCAAAAGCUCUACAAUGGUCGAAUGCUGAGCUUUUCACGGACUUCUUCAUCUCCAGUUCCCGUCCAGGAAUCGUUCGAAAUCACAGUUGAACAAUUGCCAGAGAAGCCACCUGUGUUUUCCCAAGAACUCGUACAACACUCUUUUGGCGACUCAUGGGGUAAACCAUUCACGGCUAGCUUUCAGCCCUACACAGGAGGAGAGUAUGAUAGUUUGAUUUUAGAAUUGGCCACUAACGUCUCCGGACGGCAAUAUGACCGCUUGGUUCACGUUUUCAUUGAAGACGUCAACGUUUGGAGAUCUUCAACAGUGGAACCAUGGGGCAACAAAACAGUUGUUAGUCACUCCAUCAAAGACAUUUCGUCUUACAGGUCACUUUUUAAGGAUCAGCCCCUAAAUGUAACUCUUCAACUAGACAAUCUAGUCACCAACAAACUCACCGGCAUUUUCAAUGUAACUCUAAAGUUAUACUAUUAUAAAAAGGAAGAUGCGAUCAAGGAGGAUGAAAGCUCACUGCGUGGGAAGCUUCUCCAGAUUUUCACCAAACCCGCUGAUGUUGUCACGCCUUUGGUUACACGCUUUUCUAGAACGCCACUAUUUUAUUACCCACUGGCCUCGAAAGAGAACCCACGCUGGACUCGCGGCCUUCCUGAGAUUGAUUUGAAUCCGAACGUUUCAAGAGUGGUGGUGGAGAUUUUUGCAUCCGGUAAUGCGGCAGAAGAGUUUUGGUACACCAAUGUCCUGGAUAAUUAUACUGGCAAAUUUCGUGACCACGGGAAAGAACUGUUAGGUCAUGGGCCUUUCCGUGCAAUUAAUUUUUACUUGACCGAUUCUGAAACUGAGAUAUUGGUCGAUACCGUGAUCCCUACGCCUGUUAUAUUCACAGGGUUCUUUCCACCAUUGUGGAGACCAUGCGUGGGAAUGAAUGCUUUUAACAUCAAAAGCUUCAAAGUAGAUUUGACUCCUUUCCUAUCGCUUUUUGAAAAUGGUACAUGGCAGAUGCAACUUGAAGUGGUGAGUAGUACAACACCGAGCUUUAAGGUAACAGUUGGCGAAAACUGGAUUUUUUCAGGUAAUGUUCAUGUUUGGACUAACAAAGACCUAAUCAGUGGAUCGAAAUUUAUCAAUUCGACCGUUUUAGAGCCAACCUUCGAAGUAGAUGUCGAUGACAGUCAUUCAGAUGAGUUGAAGCAAAAAGUUUUGGCCAAAAACGGCGUUCAAAUUGAUAGUAGGUUCACUAUCGACCAAACAAACUACGAAGUGCGUAGCGUGACUGAAAGUUUGCUGAAAAGUCAACAAGUAUACCUUGAAACUGGCGACGAGGAGUUUGCAUUUGUGGAUCUCUUAACGAAGCGCUCAUCUACUAUUUCUAAGAACGGUGUCGAUCUAUACCGCUUUUCAGAUGAGACUGGAUGGCUUUUUGACGCUGAAAUGGAGAUUGUAUCGCAGGAGAGGUCUUCCCUGACUUACUCGGCCAGUGUCAGCCGGGAGUUGAACCGUACCGUUGGUUUGCAUGAGAUCAAUGAGUCUGGUGAUUCAGUUGACGUGCUGUUCGCCUUAGAUGGAAUUCAGUCAGGAAAUGCUAGCUAUACUUUGUCACCAGAAGGAAACCACGGUUCUGGAGAUAGUUUUCAUUCCGUUGCGCUCGAGCAUGGCUGGCCUUUCCAAAACAAUUUCCGUCGCACUGUCGUUGUCAAAGACAACGUGGUUGUAGUAGACACUAAAAACUAA